AGCUGUCGUCUGCUCCGAUAAGAUAGAUAGCAGCCAUGAUAUGAUGUCUGGGAUUAGCUGAAAGAUCUCCGAGUGCCAGUUGAGUUAAGGCAAUCUGGCAUUCUGCCAAGAUGCCCAUCUUUGUGAGCUCCUAUACUCUGCGUGCGAUCAGCAAAUUCUAUGCCCACCAAGAGCAGAGCGGUUACGACAAGCUGGCCCACUUGGCUAAUCAGCUGAACUCUUUUAUCUUGGCUAAGCUCCGUCAUGUGUUGUUUGCUCUAUAUUUCGCUAUGAUAGCAUUGCGCCACGGCUCAGAGGCGACCUCCGACGGCAAGAGAUCUCGAUCCCUCUCCCAGGGCACAUAUGGAAGCCUCGGCACUGCGGAUGACAUCUUUAUUGCUGUCGAUGCGGUCAGCGGUAGUGUCAGUGAGUCUACCCCGCUGCUGGACAAAGCCGCAGCACCUCCCCCAUCUCCCCCAUCGAACCACACAAAAGACUGCCUCAAUUGGCGCUCUGUGGGAUUGCUAGUUAUGUGCGUCUCCGCCCUGGGAUUGGCUGUAUAUUUGCUCUGGAGACAAACCCAACUGCCCGGCCUUGGGUAUCGCCUGAGUCUGAUCGAGCACGAUAUCUGGAGCGAUAUGGACCUGCAUGGCCAGGGAUCACGGCUGUUGGAUCCGUUUGCGGUUGUAUCUGUGUACUUUACCCACACGUCCAGCGCUGCUUGCUCCGACGAUUGCCUGGAGCUGCUACACAGGCUACAGCAGAAGCAUCGCUUGGAGGAGCUGCCCUACAACUUUCUUAUAACCGGCGACUGUCAGGCUUUCGAGGCACGCGGCUGGCAGUAUGAGAGUCACUUUGCAGAGCUCCCCCAGGCCACUUCCCUGGUGGUGGCCUUUGUAGGGGACUUCAGCCAGAGGCCACCCAGUGACUGCCAGUUGGCGACCGCCCAGGCACUGCUCCUGGAGUCCCUCAAGCGACGGAGACUCCACCCGGAAUACAAUCUGUUUGUGGUGGGAAAUGCGGAGGCUGUGCAGCAGGAGCUGCAGCUCUGGCCGCGCUAUGCUGGAAGGAGGAGAAGGAAGAGGAGGGGAGUCGAGUGAGCAGAGUCGAGCAGUUCCA